AUGAUGAUGUUCUGGCGUCUAUUACUACUUCACGCUCCAGUGAUUCUCGUGAUCCUCACGCCAAUAAAUACAACGGGAAUACCUGAGAUUGCGUCAUACGCCAAAGUAUCAAGAAGUGGUGUGAAAAGUUGGAAUCCACCGAUAACCAGUGGAGAAGUUGAAAGUGAAGGACGGAAUUACCAGGCUUCCCCGGUUUAUGUUCCCGCCAAGAGCCCGAAACUUCGGAAUGGAGAGGCCCAGGAGUUCACACAGAGUCAACAGUACUCCACACUCGAUAAGAAUGUACUGGCGAAUCUCGACCAGAGGAAGCUGAAGAAACACGCGCAAGAGAGAUUCCACCCACCAGCUCCCUUCGAGCACGCAAUAUCUCACUCGAAUAAAAUAAAGUACCAGGCAGAUAGCCCCCCCGAUUCCCAUGAUUUUCCAGUAUCUCCAGGUGCUCCAGCAUCCCCACCAAAUGGCUAUGCAACUCUCCCCAAGGAUUUGUACUCCUACGAGUACCCGGCAGCAUCGAAGCCCUCGAAGGAUACAUUGCCAUCGAUCACGAUCGAUGACUACUCACCAAACGAUUACAAUCCAAAGCCAGUGGAUUCAUACCCACCAUCACAAGUCUCGCAUUCAGCGCAACAGGUGCCCAGCUAUCUCGAGAAAUAUCCAGAUAAACCUGAUUACCCUGGGCCUGAGCCAUUCGAUGACACAUCCUACGCACACGAGCACGAUUACCCCCAUGAGAUAAUCUACGAUCAUCCGCCGGAUCACUACCACCACGAUUAUACAACGACAACCACUGAGGAACCAGAAAUGAACGAUCAGCGAUUGAACAAACGGCCUUAUUCUUAUUACUACAUUGGCAAGAAACUCUGGUAUUUGCCCCUUUAUUUCAGCAUUUAUUUUAUUAUUUAUAUUGCUGCGUUGGUCCUCAAGAGUAUCGCUAGGCACAAAAUCAAUUUCCCACAACAACUGGCAGAGGCUGCUGGAGCUAGGCACCUGGGGCAACAUGAAACACUUGGAUGGAUGGAUCUCACCCAGAGGGUCUUAAAUGGGAUCGAUUCAUUCGCUAGUGGAAUUUAUAGUAAAAAUGGACCCGCGAAGAAUUAAAGAUUGAAUAAUGAGAAUAAAAUUUUGA